GGAGCGAGGGGCCGCAGAUGGAAGCGCCGUUGCCAGGAGACAGCGCCCCGCUGCUCUGCGCCUGCGCGCCCUUGCCCCCCGCGUGCUAGCGGAGUGACGCGCUUCCGGCGGCGGCGAGGCCGGCAGCAUGGCGGCGGAGGCGGCUGCGCCCGCACCGGCGGCAGCGGCAUCGCCAUCGGCGUCGUUCCUGGCCUUGGAGCCGCGGCUGCAGCGAGAGGUCCAGCAGAAGGUGCAGCGGGUCCGCAACAACCGGGCGGCCAAGGAGGAGCUGAGGCCGGGCGUGGUGUACGUGGGGCACCUCCCGCGGGGGCUCUGCGAGCCGCAGAUCUACGAGUACUUCCAGCAGUUCGGGACGGUGACGCGGCUCCGGCUCUCGAGGAGUAAGAAGACUGGAGCUAGCAAAGGCUACGGAUUUAUAGAGUUUGAGUCUGAUGACGUUGCUAAGAUUGUUGCAGACACAAUGAACAACUACCUGUUUUCUGAAAGACUGCUAAAGUGUCAGUUUAUGUCUCCUGAAAGAGUUCAUGAAAACCUCUUCAAAAACAGUAACAGAAGAUUUCUGAAGCCUUCUCAGCCCGCGGUCAGGAGGUACAAUAAGAUACGCUCGCUCGUUCAGAAGGCGAAGAUGACAAAGCGGCUUCUACAGAAGGAGAAGCGUUUACGGAAGAGGCUGGCUGAAAAAGGGCUCAAUUAUGACUUCCCGGGAUUUGCUGCACAGGAGCUUUCCAUAAAGAGAAAAAAAGUUAAAAGAACCAAGAAAUCAAAACUAAACAUGUCUUUGAGCAGCCAGGACCCUACUCCAGUCUGCACUCCUGCAGUGCUCGAGCGCCGGAAAGCUGCUCAGGUGGAUGAUGACGCAGAGGACAAUGAAAUAACUCUCAGACUGGCCCCUGCCAGUGUUAAGAAUGCUGUGCAGAGACCAAAGAAGCAACCAAGAAAAAGACCAAACUCGAAGAAACAGAAACAGACUUAAAAUUUUCAUGACUGCCAUGUUUUUCAACUGGUGAGGUAGACCUGGUGGUUCUGCUGCCCUGGCUCGGUUCGUCUUGACUAGACUGUUUCAGUCUUUCCUAGGCAAGAAAUCUACUUACAAAUCCUCUCCCUCCUCUUUAGCCAUCAGAGAACCUAUGGUCUUCUCUGCUUUUGAAAAUGUUCUUGACUCUGUGCUCACAAGUGCCUGUGCUGUGACAACCUACGGUCGUGCCAGAACCUUCAGUUAGUUCUGUAACUUGUCUCUAGCACUCGCUGUUUUGAAAGAAAAUGUGAGGCUCUCCAUUCAGAACUUGCUGAUGGGGGCCGUGUCUUACAUUUAUAAUUAAUGAUGAUUAAUGAUGGGUUAUAAAAAAAAAAUAACCAUUUUUCAA